ACGAUACAGUUAGUUGAAAAGACAAACAGCAGCAGCAGCAACAACAACAACAACUAAACACAAGUGGCUGUGUGUGUUUUGUUGGUGUGUCGGCAGUGUGAGAGAGAUAGCGUAUACGUACAUACGUUAUUUCUUGUGUAUUUGAGUGCGUGCGUCGUCCGUGCGUGCUUGUAUGUGUGUGUGUGGUUGAAGAGCAGCAGCGAGAGCAUUUCACUUCCAAUUUUGAUAACCAAAACGAACGUAACAAAAGCCGCAGUAGCAACGCAGCAGCAAGUGCACGUCAAAGAGGCGUAGGCGUUCGCUCUCCCACACAGAUUCUCUCUCUUAUACGCUCUGAGCCUAGGCAAAAAUAAUAAACAACUACUAAGCGGAGCUGCUACAAAAUAAGAACUAAAUAAAAUAAAUUCGAGUAAUAAGCGAGCGCGAAAGUUGAUCAACAAUGGAUAACUUAAUUCCGAUCGUCAAUAAGCUGCAGGAUGCAUUCACAUCGCUUGGCGUGCAUAUGCAAUUGGAUUUGCCACAAAUUGCGGUUGUGGGUGGACAAUCGGCUGGCAAGAGUUCCGUGCUUGAGAACUUCGUUGGCAAAGAUUUCUUGCCACGAGGCUCUGGCAUCGUAACGCGCAGACCUUUGAUAUUGCAGUUGAUCAACGGCAUAACCGAGCAUGGCGAGUUUCUGCAUUGCAAGGGCAAAAAGUUCACCAGCUUUGAUGAGAUACGCAAAGAGAUUGAGGAUGAGACAGAUCGUGUGACCGGUAGCAAUAAGGGCAUCUCCAACAUUCCGAUUAACUUGCGUGUGUAUUCGCCGCACGUGCUCAACUUGACGCUCAUCGAUUUGCCGGGCUUGACCAAGGUGGCAAUUGGGGAUCAGCCCGUGGAUAUUGAGCAGCAGAUCAAGGGCAUGAUAUUCCAGUUUAUACGCAAAGAGACAUGUUUGAUUUUGGCGGUAACGCCAGCCAAUACGGAUUUGGCCAAUUCGGAUGCACUCAAGCUGGCCAAGGAGGUGGAUCCGCAGGGUGUGCGCACCAUUGGCGUCAUUACCAAACUCGAUCUCAUGGACGAGGGCACCGAUGCGCGUGACAUACUCGAGAAUAAAUUGUUGCCGCUGCGUCGCGGCUACAUUGGUGUUGUCAAUCGCUCGCAAAAGGAUAUCGAGGGACGCAAGGAUAUCCAUCAGGCAUUGGCUGCUGAGCGCAAAUUCUUCCUCAGCCAUCCAUCGUAUCGCCACAUGGCCGAUCGCCUGGGCACUCCAUAUUUGCAGCGCGUACUCAACCAACAGUUGACCAAUCAUAUACGCGACACAUUGCCCGGUCUGCGGGACAAGCUGCAGAAGCAGAUGCUGACGCUGGAGAAGGAGGUGGAGGAGUUUAAGCAUUUCCAGCCCGGCGAUGCCAGCAUUAAGACAAAGGCUAUGCUACAAAUGAUACAACAGCUGCAGUCGGACUUUGAGCGCACCAUUGAGGGCAGCGGCUCUGCUUUGGUGAACACAAAUGAGCUAUCCGGUGGCGCCAAGAUCAAUCGCAUAUUCCAUGAGCGUUUGCGCUUUGAGAUUGUUAAAAUGGCUUGCGAUGAGAAGGAGCUGCGUCGUGAGAUCUCGUUUGCUAUACGCAAUAUCCAUGGUAUUCGUGUGGGUCUUUUUACGCCCGAUAUGGCCUUUGAGGCGAUUGUUAAGCGUCAGAUUGCCUUGCUCAAGGAGCCUGUCAUCAAGUGUGUUGAUCUAGUCGUACAGGAGCUAUCCACUGUGGUGCGCAUGUGCACCGAUAAGAUGAGUCGCUAUCCACGCUUGCGUGAGGAAACUGAACGCAUUAUUACCACACAUGUGCGUCAGCGGGAGCAGCGCUGCAAGGAGCAAAUACUCUUACUCAUUGACUUUGAGUUGGCCUACAUGAAUACCAAUCAUGAGGAUUUCAUUGGCUUUGCCAACGCUCAGAAUAAAUCGGAAAAUGCCAACAAGACUGGCACCCGACAGCUGGGCAAUCAGGUUAUACGCAAGGGCCACAUGGUUAUACAGAAUUUGGGCAUCAUGAAAGGCGGCUCGCGUCCCUAUUGGUUUGUGCUUACCUCGGAGAGCAUCUCUUGGUACAAGGACGAGGAUGAGAAGGAGAAGAAAUUUAUGUUGCCGUUGGAUGGUUUGAAAUUGCGCGAUAUUGAACAGGGCUUUAUGUCAAUGUCUAGACGUGUUACAUUUGCUUUAUUCAGUCCCGAUGGACGUAAUGUUUAUAAGGAUUACAAACAAUUGGAGCUGUCGUGUGAAACAGUCGAGGAUGUGGAAUCCUGGAAGGCAUCGUUCCUGCGCGCUGGCGUCUAUCCCGAAAAGCAGGAAGCUCAGGAGAAUGGCGAUGAGGAAGGACAAGAGCAAAAAUCGGCCAGCGAGGAGAGCUCCACAGAUCCACAGCUGGAGCGCCAGGUGGAGACCAUACGCAAUCUGGUUGAUUCGUAUAUGAAGAUUGUCACCAAGACCACACGGGAUAUGGUGCCCAAGGCAAUUAUGAUGCUGAUCAUAAACAAUGCCAAGGACUUUAUCAAUGGUGAGCUGUUGGCACAUCUCUAUGCCACAGGUGAUCAGGCACAAAUGAUGGAAGAAUCUGCCGAGUCGGCAACACGGCGUGAGGAAAUGCUGCGCAUGUAUCGCGCUUGCAAGGAUGCACUUCAGAUAAUUGGUGAUGUCUCCAUGGCAACCGUAUCAUCGCCCUUGCCGCCGCCAGUGAAGAACGAUUGGCUACCAAGCGGCUUGGAUAGCGCCAAUCCGCGUCUAUCGCCGCCCAGUCCCGGUGGUCCACGUAAGCCAGCACCCACCGCACAGGGCUCUUUGGGUGGACGAAAUCCACCAUUGCCACCGGCAACUGGUCGUCCGGCGCCCGCAAUUCCGAAUCGUCCUGGCGGCGGUGCUCCACCAUUGCCCGGCGGCCGGCCAGGCGGUGCUCUGCCACCACCAUUGUUACCAUCUCGCGUCACUGGAGCUGUCGGCGGUGCGAUCACACAACAGGCCGGAGCCAAUCGUUACAUUCCGGAGAGCAUGCGGGGACAAGUGAAUCAGGCUGUGGGCCAGGCGGCCGUCAACGAACUCUCCAACGUCUUUGCCACAAGAUUCAAUCGUCCUGGCAUGAAUGCGCCACCCAAGCUACCCGAUCGACCCUCCUACUAUGGCAAUACUACCAAUGGACGUCCCUAUUAAGGCUGCAGGACAACAACAUUCUGGGCACGUGAAAGAAAUAUAUUGCCAACAGAGUUUGAGAGUACAGUUACUCCUCUAUUUUGUAUUAAUAUGUUUGUAUGUAUGUUGUGCGUAGCAUUGCUUUUAAAUUAUAAUUUAUAUUGAACUAUGUGUGUCUAAAU